CAUAUUUUUGCCAACCGCCAUUAAAUUCCAGAAGAAGAAGAGCACCAGAGCUCCACCGAGAUCUACAAAUCAGAUGAAGAAUUUAUGAGAUUCUCUAGAGCAACCCACCUUUGAGAUCUGAACUCAGACCAGUGAAACUAACAGUCAUUGUUAUUGAGAGGUGAAAUGGCACAGAAAAUGUCUAAUCUGGAGCAAGAAAAAAUCUCUUGUUCCAUCUGUCUGGAUCUACUGAAGGAUCCAGUGACUAUUCCCUGUGGACACAGCUACUGUAUGAACUGUAUUAAAACCAACUGGGAUGGAGAGAAUCAGAGGAGAACCCACAGCUGCCCUCAAUGCAGGAAAAUUUUCAGACGAAGGCCUGUUCUAAAAAAAAACGUCACGUUAGCUGCUUUAGUGGAGGAUCUGAAGAAGACUGGUCUUCAAGCUGCUCCAGCUGAUCACUGCUAUGCUGGACCUGAAGAUGUGGCCUGUGAUGUCUGCACUGGGAGGAAGAUGAAAGCUGCCAAGUCCUGUUUAUUCUGUCCUGCUUCCUACUGUAGGGAUCACCUCCAACCUCACUAUGAUGCUCCACCAUUAAAGAAACACAAGCUGGUGGAACCCUGCAAGAACCUCCAGGAGAACAUCUGCUCUCGACAUGAUGAGGUGAUGAAGAUCUUCUGUCGUACUGAUCAGCAGUGUAUCUGUUAUCUCUGCUCUAUGGAUGAACAUAAAGGUCAUGAAACAGUCCCAGCUGCAGCAGAAAGGACUGAGAAGCAGAAGGAGCUCCAGGUGAGUCGACGAGAAAUCAACCAGAGAAUCCAGGACCAAGAGAAAGAUCUGAAGCUGCUUCAGCAGGAUGUGAAUGUCAUCAAUGUCUCUGCUGAUAGAGCAGUGGAGGACAGUGAGAAGAUCUGCACUGAGCUGAUCCUUCUCAUCCAGAAAAGAAGCUCUGAUGUGAUGCAGCAGAUCAGAUCCCAGCAGGAAACUGAAGUGAGUCGAGUCAAAGAGCUUCAGAAGAAGCUGGAGCAGGAGAUCACUGAGCUGAAGAGGAUAGAUGUCGAACUGGAGCAGCUCUCAAAGACAGAGGAUCACAACCAGUUUCUCCACAACUACCCCUCACUGUCAGCACUCAGUGAGUCUACACACUCAUCCAGCAUCAAUUCAUGGACUGUUGACGAAGUAUUAUAUCUCAGAGAUAAACUACAGGGGUUUCUGAGAGACACAUGGAGAAACAUCUUACAGCCACUCAAUAAAAUUUGUGUUUUAUGGCCAAAAACGGAACCAACGACCAGAGCUGGAUUGUUAAGAUAUUCACAAGAAAUCACCCUGGAUUCAAACACAGCUCACAGAUAUCUCUUAUUAUCUAAGAACAACAGAAAAGUGACUUUGAUGGAAAAACCACAGCUUUAUUCUGAUCACCCAGACAGAUUUGCUCGAUGGUGGCAAGUAUUGAGUAUCCAGAGUCUGACGGGAUGUUGUUACUGGGAGGUGGAGUGGGGAGGGGAAGAAGUUUAUGUAGCAGUUGCAUAUAAGAAUAUUAGCAGAGCAGGAACCUCACAAGACUGUGUAUAUGGAUUCAACAACAAAUCUUGGGCUUUACAUUGUGAAGAAAAAGCCUACACAUUUUGGCACAACAGUGUUAAAACUCCAAUAUCAGGUCCAUUUUCCUCCACAAUUGGAGUGUACCUGGAUCAAAGAGCAGGUAUUCUGUCUUUCUACAGCGUCUCUAGAACCAUGACUCUCCUCCACAGAGUCCAGACCACAUUCACCCAGCCUCUACAUGCUGGGGUUUGGCUUUCAGAUGACGGAGACUAUGCUGAGUUUGUUAAACUGAAAUAGUCAGAACUGUUCUGAGGUCCAGUUGGUUAAAAUGUGUGUUUUAGUUCCAGUUUCUUUAGUCUCCAUCAUUGUUGCUGAGAGCUCAUUGUUAUUUCUUCACUGCUCAGAGAUCAGUCAUCUUGUUUGAGAAAGUUGUUGAAAUAUUUCAUGUUAAAACCUAGUUUUCUACUAAUCCUAGUAAAUGGUCCUUACUUAAUCCCUCUACGGUGGUUUUUUUUUUACUUACUGUUUGUUGUGAGAGACUAAUGUUUGAUUUACGAUACAAGUGAUGAAAACCCAAGUUUUGUAGAUAAACUAUAAACAUUCACGUUUAUUAAAGCAUCAUAAUCUGCAAUGUUUGUGUCUAUAAAGCUGUUAUGUUGAACUGCUUGGAUGCAUGUCCAUGUAAAUCAAAAAUCUCUGAUGGGUGAUUAAUCUCAUUCUGCUAGUUUAGAACUCAAAAAGCUUUUGAAACGACCCAUAAAUAAAUCAUGAUCAACCAUGGUAAGCUAUGAACCAUUGUUAGUUUUUGAAUUACUGACCAAUUCAUUAUAUGCCAAUUAAAUCAUCUGCUGAGCAGAAACGUGUAAUCCAAUUUAAGUGCCAAUAUUAAACACAUUUUGAAUGGCACAGUU